AUGCUUAAUACUGAUUUGGCAAAGCCUGAAGUUGACCUAACCGUUUGUGAAUAUACAGAUAUUCCAAUGCAUGUAUCCUUAGCAACAUAUGAAUAUACAUUUGAUCCUUGGACAAAUGACUCCAGAUAUUUAUAUUCACAUGAAAAUAUGCACAAAGAAAUCCAUGAAUUAAACGUUUUAAUGAGAUCUAAAGUUCCAUGGUGA